UAAAAAGACCUCGCAGACGAGAAGAAUGUUUUAUUUAUCAAUAUAGAAAGAUAUAGCUAUCUAUCUAUAUUGAUAAAUAAAACUAUAGAUAGAUAAAUAUAUCUGUCUAUAUUUAUAAGUAAAACAUUCUUAAAGGUCGCACCAGGAAGCACUUCUGUUUAUAUCCCAAUAUACUUUUGUUUUAUUACUGCAUUGAAGAACAUGUCUAAUAUGCAUGUAGCUCACAUUCAGAAAAACAUUUGGCCUAUCCCAGCAAGGGGAAAGAGGAAUGAUUUUGAUGAUCACAACAAAGAUGACAGAGAUUCCAAACAAGUAAUAAAUGAUUUCUGUAAGCUUACACUAUGCUCUGACUAUCUUGACCAAGUAUCUCAACUUGUGCUGAAACACAGAGGAAAACAAGUGCCCUUGAAGAUUUUCGGAGGAUUACCACUGGAAAUAGGUAUUCUUGAUGACACUGUGCUUUUUGGACGAGAAGAGAUGCUGGAAGCUUGGAGUUGUUUAUACCUGCCACAGAAAGUGAAGAUGGCAGUGCUUGGUUUUGUUGAUAACCUUCCAUCCAUGGCUCUAGGACUGCAGUGUAUAGUAUUAGCUUGUUCUGAUGGUUCAGUUUAUGUAUAUGAAAAUGAAGAAUUGCACCAUUUGGGAAAAAGCUUGAAGAAUUUCUUUACUGAUGUGCCUCCUUCUCUUCCAAUUAAAAGUUAUACUUACGGGGAAUAUACAGAGCCAGAAUCAGAAGAGGAGUAUCUAAAAAUUCUCCAAGAACAAGGAUUGUCCAAGAUUGAUGAAAGUACCAGACUAUUUGUUAAAAGCAAAGAGAAGGAAUUUUGUGAACUGAUGGAUUUCUUGGAAGACCUUUAAUUGCCAUGGUGUCACUUUGUUCCUUUGUUUCAUAUUUGUAAAUAUGAACCUUGUAAAAUGAACAAUGACUAAAGUUAAUGUAAUAUAAUACUAAGUGGAAUAUAUUGCAUCCUGAUUUAAGGGUAAGUCGGACAUUGUUUUAUUCUGAAUUGGGAUUCAUUUUAAGGGUAAGUGUUUGUUUUUGUCUCCCACUCUCCCCUGACUUAUUUUUUCACAAUAUGGUAUACAAUAACUUGCUAUGGUAAAUUAUUUUUAAGCGAGACAUAUAUAUUCUCAGUUUAAAAAAAAAAAAAA